AUGAAGAUGAAAUUGAACAUCGACACCAUGCAGUUACUGCUUCUGGUUUUCUUGAUGUGGGACCCAAUCAGGUUGGUGCUGGCUAACAUCCAAGAAGAUGGGCCAGAAAACAACAUCACCAUUUUUACAAGAAUUCUAGACAGACUCCUGGAUGGUUAUGAUAAUCGGCUUAGACCAGGACUCGGAGACAGUAUUACUGAAGUCUUCACUAACAUCUAUGUGACCAGUUUUGGCCCUGUCUCAGAUACAGAUAUGGAGUAUACAAUAGAUGUGUUCUUUCGACAAAAGUGGAAAGAUGAAAGGUUAAAAUUUAAAGGUCCUAUGAAUAUCCUCCGACUUAACAAUUUAAUGGCUAGCAAAAUCUGGACUCCAGACACCUUCUUUCACAAUGGGAAAAAAUCGGUAGCUCAUAACAUGACAAUGCCCAAUAAACUUCUUAGAAUCCAGGACGAUGGGACACUGCUCUACACAAUGAGGCUUACAGUUCAAGCUGAAUGUCCAAUGCAUUUGGAGGAUUUUCCAAUGGAUGCUCAUUCAUGCCCUCUGAAAUUUGGCAGCUAUGCAUAUACAACCUCAGAGGUCACUUAUAUUUGGACUUAUAAUGCAUCUGAUUCAGUACAAGUUGCUCCUGAUGGCUCCAGGUUAAAUCAGUAUGACCUGUUGGGCCAAUCAAUUGGGAAGGAGACAAUUAAAUCCAGUACAGGUGAAUAUACUGUAAUGACAGCUCAUUUCCACUUGAAAAGAAAAAUUGGGUAUUUUGUGAUUCAAACGUACCUGCCUUGCAUCAUGACUGUCAUUCUCUCCCAAGUGUCAUUCUGGCUUAACAGAGAAUCUGUGCCUGCAAGGACAGUAUUUGGUGUAACAACUGUUCUAACAAUGACAACUUUAAGCAUCAGUGCUCGGAAUUCUCUCCCCAAAGUGGCUUAUGCUACUGCCAUGGACUGGUUUAUUGCUGUUUGCUAUGCGUUUGUGUUCUCUGCCCUAAUUGAAUUUGCAACUGUUAAUUACUUCACCAAAAGAGGAUGGGCUUGGGAUGGGAAGAGUGUAGUAAAUGACAAGUCCCCUUCAAUAAAAACUGAAGGCAUUACAUUAACAUACAACUCAGUGAAGGCAAUUCUUCAAGGAUCUAAGCUAAUAUGGUCCAAAUAUGUAGCUUUCUCAUGGCCCAAUUUAAUCCAAGGAAAGACUUUAGAGUACUUAGAGAAGUGGAUGGACUGUAUAACCUUCAAAGGAUUUUCUAAAAAAGAGAAAGCCUCCGUCAUGAUACAGAACAACGCCUAUGCGGUGGCUGUGGCCAAUUAUGCCCCGAACCUCUCCAAAGACCCAGUUCUCUCCACCAUCUCCAAGAGCGCAGCCACACCAGAACCCAACAAGAAGCCGGAAAACAAGCCGGCUGAAGCCAAGAAAACCUUCAACAGUGUUAGCAAAAUUGACAGAAUGUCUAGAAUAGUUUUCCCCGUUUUGUUUGGUACAUUUAAUUUGGUUUACUGGGCUACCUAUUUAAACAGGGAACCUGUCUUAGGGGUCAGUCCUUGA